GUGAACUUAAGAGCCGUCCAGUGCGCACUGUAGCUGCCUCGUUGGGAACUUCCACGGAUUUCUCUCGAAUGGGAGUGUGCGCCUCCACGCAGCUCUCAUCCCAAUCUCUGGCCUCGCACUCAGCUCCUGGAUCCUGAGACCCAAGCAAGAGCCAUGGUGUACCACCCGGAGUUCGAGGCGGCGGGCCGCCAGCCCGGCCUGCAGGUGUGGCGCGUGGAGAAGCUGGACCUGGUGGCCGUGCCCAAGGAGCUCUACGGCAGCUUCUACACGGGCGACGCCUACGUGCUGCUCUUCUCCGUGCGCAACCGCGCCGGCAACAUGCAGUACGACCUGCACUUCUGGCUCGGCAACGAGUGCUCACAGGACGAGAGCGGAGCGGCCGCCAUCUUCACGGUGCAGAUGGACGACCACCUUGGGGGGCAGCCCGUGCAGCACCGUGAGGUUCAGGGCUUCGAGUCCACUGCCUUCAGCGGAUACUUCAAGAACGGCAUCAAGUACAAGCCGGGCGGCGUGGCUUCGGGCUUCCGCCACGUGGUGCCCAACCUGGUGGACGUGAAGCGGCUGCUGCACGUGAAGGGGCGACGCACGGUGCGCGCCACCGAGGUGCCGCUCUCCUGGGCGAGCUUCAACCAGGGGGACUGCUUCAUCGUCGAUCUGGGGGCGAACAUCUACCAGUGGUGCGGCUCGAAGAGCAAUCGCUUCGAGCGGCUGAAGGCCACCCAAGUGGCCAAGGGGAUCCGAGACAACGAGCGGAGCGGGCGAGCGAGAGUCGACGUCCUGGAGGAGGGGAUGCAGCCCGACGGCCUGGUGGAGGCUUUGGGAUCCAUGCCGAGUUUGCCGGAGGGAGAGGCCGAUGACGUCAAGGCCGAUGCCUCCAACAGGAAAAUCGCCAAACUCUACAAGGUGUCAAACGCCUCCGGCACCAUGGAGGUGAUAAUGGUGGCGGCUGACAACCCGUUCCGCCAGGACAUGUUGCUGUCGGGAGACUGCUUCCUGCUUGACCACGGGCCCGCGGGGAAGAUCUUCGUGUGGAAGGGUCGUGGCGCCGAUAUCGCGGAGAGGAAGGCCGCAUUGAAACUGGCCGAGGACUUCAUCGUCCGCAUGGGCUACCCGAAGAACACCCAGGUGUCGGUGCUGCCCGAGGGAGGGGAGACGCCGCUCUUCAAGCAGUUCUUCAAGGGCUGGCGCGACCACGAGCAGACCGACGGCCUGGGGCCCCGCUACACCGUGGGCAGCGUCGCCCGCAUCCAGCAGAUCCCCUUCGACGCCUCCACCCUGCACUCCAACCCGGCCAUGGCCGCCCAGCAUGGCAUGGUGGACGACGGCAAGGGAGACGUACAGGUGUGGCGCAUCGAGGGCUCGGACAAGGCUCCCGUGGACCCGAGCACCUACGGGGAGUUCUACGGCGGAGACUGCUACAUCAUCCUCUACACCUACAAGACGGGACAGAUCAUCUACACCUGGCAGGGUCAUACCUCGACACGUGACGAGGUGGCAGCCUCAGCCUUUCUGUCGGCCGAGUUGGACAUCUCCCUGGGUGGAACCCCUGUGCAGGUGCGCGUCGUGCAGGGCAAGGAGCCGGCGCACCUCAUGAGCAUCUUCGGCGACAAGCCGCUGGUGGUGUACCGGGGCGGCACGUCGCGCGACGGCGGCCAGAGCCAGCCGGCCGACGUGCGCCUCUUCCAAGUGCGGCGCAACGCCGCCCGCCGGACGCGCGCCAUCGAGAUGGAGGCCAGCGCGUCGCGCCUCAACUCGAACGACGCGUUCGUGCUCGUGGGCCCCGGCGCGGCCUACACGUGGGUGGGCCGCGGGGCGGUGGAGGCCGAGCGCCAGGGGGCGGCGAGCGUCGCCGCGUUGCUCGGGGUGCAGCCCACCGAGGUGAACGAGGACGCAGAGCCAGAUGAAUUCUGGUCGCUGCUGGGAGGCAAGGUUUCGUACCAAACCUCAUCGCGACUCCGCAAUAAGACGGAGACCCACCCCCCACGCCUCUUCGCCUGCUCCAACAAGUCCGGCAGAUUCACGGUGGAGGAGGUGCCCGGAGAAAUCACACAGGAGGAUUUGGCCACGGACGACGUGAUGCUCAUCGACGCCUGGGACCAGAUCUUCGUCUGGAUCGGCAGCGAUGCAAACGACGUCGAGAAGAAGGAGUCCCUGCAGUCAGCGGAGCGCUACCUGGAGACGGACCCUUCGGGCCGUAGCAAGCGCACCCCCGUGGUGGUGGUGAAGCAGGGACACGAGCCCCCCACCUUCACCGGCUGGUUCCUCGCCUGGGACCCCGACUACUGGCAGCAGGACCCCUUCGAGAGGGCCAAGGCCGAGCUGGAGGCCGGAAACCCCAUGUGAGGGGAGCGACGGCGCUGCCAGCAGCAGCAGCAGCAGCACACACAGCACGAGCAGAAGCAGCACAACAAGCAGCAGCAGCAGCACCAGCGGUAGAAGUACCGUCAGCAGCAGGAACUUUAGUGAUAAUAGCCAUAGCAGCAAUGAAGAUGCAGUAGAUCAAUUGUAGUGCCAGCAGUAGCGCCACGAUCACCAGCAGCAUGAGUAGUGCCAGCAGUGUCACCUGCAUCAGCGCCUUCAACGGUAGCAGCUGCAUCGUAGUUGUCAUCAGCAUCGUCAGCAUCAGCAGCAUCUUCAACAUCACCAGCAUCAUCAGGAGCAUCUUCAACAUAAACAUAAUCAUCAGCAGCA